UGACUUUAGUAUCUCGCUGUCAACCGGCGCGGUAGCACGUUUCUCGAAACUCGUUUGUGAGUUAAAAAUAAAACAUCGUAUAAAAUUGAUCAUAAUGAGUCUUAAAGAUAAAGUUGCAAUAGUGACGGGUUCGAGUUCAGGGAUUGGGGCAGCAAUUGCAGUGAAGUUCAACAGCGAAGGAGCCAAGGUUGUGCUCGUCGGUCGGAACGAAGCCAAACUCAACGCAGUUGCGGCGAAGUGCAACGACCCGCUCGUCAUUAGAGCCGAGUUGGCCAAUGAUGACGACGUCAAACGUAUUCUCGACGAAACAAUACAGAAGUUCGGCAAACUUGAUAUUCUUGUGAACAAUGCCGGCACGUCCGUCAUGGGGAGUAUCCUCAUUGGAGACAUAAUGAAAGCACUGGAUGAUGUUUUCAAGGUUAACUUCCGAUCAAUAGUAUAUUUAACCAAAUUGGCAGCGCCGUAUCUGACACAGACAAAGGGAAACAUUAUAAAUAUCUCCAGUAUCGGCGGCCAGCGUGUGUCCUCUGUUCCCGUCUUGAUGAUGUACACAUCAUCGAAGGCGGCAUUGGACCAUUUCUCCAAGCAUGCCGCUCUAGAGCUGUCGUCUCACGGAGUCAGGGUGAACGUGAUCAGUCCGGGACCAGUGAAGACUGAUAUAUUGGAAAACACAAACACUAAUAUUAGUUGGGAGACCUUCGCGUCGAAGACGGCGCUUAGCAGAGUAUCAGAUCCUGAGGAGAUCGCGGAUCUAGCCAACUUCCUUGCCUCCGAUAAAGCUAAAGGAAUAACUGGAUCAGUGUACGUUCAUGACAAUGGAAUGAUGCUGAGGAAUUAAUUCAUAUUCAUGAUUCAUCUGAGGUACCUACCUACCUGCAAUAUUGUUAUUGUUUUCUGUUGCAUGGUAAAAAAUUAUUUAGGUAUACUAUUUCAUUUUUAUCUUCCAAUAUUUACUAUGUACCUACUUAUAUAUAAGUUAUAAAUAACCGUUAUACAAUCAAUCACUUUAUGUAAGCAAAUCCUUGUUACUUGCUAAUGAUUUGAUAUCGGUAAACAUCGUAAGCUAAGGUCAUACUCAUUAUAAAGAUGGUCAUGUUUUGUUAUUUUUUUACGAUAAAUAUGUCAUACAAUGCCUUAUAAGUAUUAUAAUAUUAUCAUAUAUUCA